GACUUAAAAAUGGCGGUUAGAAAGAAAUGGAAGAAAAUACUAUAUGAAGACCAAGGUGUUCCAGAUAACUAUGUGGACUCCUCCUUCCUGGAUGAAAUGAGGAAAAACCUAUAUACUAGAACCUAUUCCUACUGGCCAGUUGUGAGAAACUCUGGAGAGGUGACUCAGCAAAUCAGCAGUUUGUGUCUCUUUGUUGUUGCCUACAUCUAUAUGUAUAACCAAAAACUGUCACCUCAAUUGUUGGUGAUUGCCAUGGCAACUGUUACUACGGUAGGCUACCUGGUCAAGCUUUACACAGACCAUGUGAUAGGAAUAAAAGAUCCACAUAGAACAGUACUAGAUGAUUUGAAGACGGCAGUGAUAUUCACAGGCUUCAGUUUCGGUCUGUCCCCUGUCCUUGUUUCAUUGACAGAAACUAUCUCCACAGAUACCAUCUAUGCUAUGACAACAGUGAUGUUACUUGCUAACCUUAUCUUCCAUGACUAUGGAGCUAGUGCUGCAAUGGUUUCAGAAGCCCUGUCCCUCAAUGCUGGAAUAUUUGCCUCCGUGUGCCUGGCCUCCAGACUCCAUACGACAUGGCAUGCCUUCGCCACAGUAACAUUAUCCCUUCUCGUAUUUGGACUCUGGCCAAUGCUGAGGAAGCAAAUGAAGAAGGCUAUCCCAGGAAGUCAAGUUGGAAUGACCUUGACCUUAUGUAGUGUGUCCCUUGUUGCUUUGGUAACAGUGUCCGCUGUAGCAGCAGUUUUGGGAUUGUUGCUUAUAUUGUUCAUCACAUUCCUUUGUCCAGCUUGGCUAAUCAGUCUUCAACCCUACAAAAACAAUAUAUAUGGUCCAUGGGAUGAAGCUGUCAUUCAGACCAAAUGAAAAGAGCUGUCAGCUAGUGCAUCUGCAUCCAGCAAAUGAAUGUUGAAUAAUGAAAGCCUAAGGUGUUUCAAUACCUGUUUGGUUGAAAAGUCACAAGAUUGUUCUUUGAUGGUGCUGUGUCUCCUGAAGAGUGAAAGUACAAGAUGUUAUUACAUCUUUUACAUCAGUUGAAUCAUGGGAGUUCAAGAUAUUUUCACUUCUCCUGAAAAGAGUGAGCCAAGGAUGUCUCUACAUCUAUUGAAGAGCAAGAGUACAAGAUGGUUCUACAUCUACUGAACAGUAAGAGUUCAAGAUGGUUCUUCAUCUACUGAACAGUGAGAGUUCAAGAUAGUUCUACAUCUACUGAACAGUGAGAGUUCAAGAUAGUUCUACAUCUACUGAACAGUAAGAGUUCAAGAUGGUUCUUCAUCUACUGAACAGUGAGAGUUCAAGAUAGUUCUACAUCUACUGAACAGUAAGAGUUCAAGAUGGUUCUACAUCUACUGAACAGUGAGAGUACAAGAUGUUUCUUCAUCUACUGAACAGUGAGAGUUCAAAUGGUUCUACAUCUACUGAACAGUGAGAGUUCAAGAUGUUUCUUCACCUACUGAACAGUGAGAAUAUAAGAUGUUUCUUCAUCUACUGAACAGAGAGAGUUCAAGAUGUUUCUUCGUCUACUGAACAGUGAGAAUACAAGAUGUUUCUUCAUCUACUGAACAGUGAGAAUACAAAAUGGUUCUACAUCUACUGAACAGUGAGAGUUCAAGAUGUUUAUACAUCUACUGAACAGUGUGAAUACAAGAUGUUUCUAGAGAAAGUCAAGGAUGUUUUACAUCUGUUAAAAACCAUUUCCAAGAUUUUUCUGAUUCUGUCAAACAGAGAAUGACAAGUCAUCAAGAUUUUUGCAUCUCUUAAUCAGUGAAAGGUAAUAUUUUCCAACAAAAUUUAAGAGUGGAAGAGCAACAUACUUCUGCAUCUGUAGAGCAGUAUUGGCAAAGAUGUUUCAUAAUAUUUUUUUUAUGAAACAAUGACAGAAGAUGGACUGGAUAACAUUCAUAACUGACAGAUGUUGAUAUCAGUCAUUGGUAUCUCAUACUCAGUAUAGAAGUGUUGAAGAAAGAUAUGAAUUCUUUAUGAAUGUGAGAGGUUUACCUUCCAUAGUAGGAUAUACUAUUGUAAAAGGAAAAAGUAAGUUAGUUUAUGCUUGGGACCAUGUAAUGCUAAAAGAAUCUUUGCAGAUUAAAAUCUUGGAUAUACGA